CUCUCAGUCGGUCGGAGUCGUUGAGUCAAGCAGCAAUAAAUCGCUCUCCGCCUCGCCUCGCCUGCCUCAGCCUGGAUGGCAUCGACAAACCAUCUCUUCUCUAAUCUCUAAUUUAAUCUAAGUUCUUUCUUCCCCCACCCACCCCCUCGGUUCCCCGUCGCUCGCACCGCUGCCGUCAAACCCUUUACUAUCCCCGUCCGACCGAUCGCCGGAACAUUCAAGGUCUGGACAUUUCUGCAUUGCAUGUACCUCCUCUGCCUCAAAUCUCCUCCUCCAUAUUCUCCCCCCAAAACCCUAAAUUCCCACCCCCCUACUCCUCUGUACCCAAUCUUCCGAAUGAAGGACCGCCCUCCUUCUUACGGGGCCCUCUAUGUGCCUCCCCACCACCGCCGCCCCGCAACCACUACUGCCUCAUCCCCCACCGAUUCAGAUGUUACCACUUACCACCCUCCUGACCGUCCGAGCUCGUUAUCUACUUCUAAAGUUAAUUGGACUGAUAGUUGUCAUGCUGUUGAUUCUUAUCCUUACUUUCCACCUCAAUCAUCUCAGAAGCAUUGCCAACAACUGAGGGAAAUUUGGCGACGUGAUGAGGUGGCCGAGCAAGGGUCCCAACGUGAAUUCGAGUUUUCAUCACAACCUAGUACUACUUCAGAGAAUAUGAUCGCAUGGAAAUGGAAAUUGAAUUCUCUUUUGCACAAUGCUGAUAAGCAAGAGCUAAUAUCAAAAGAGAAAAAGGAUAGGCGUGAUUUUGAGCAAAUAGAAGCUUUAGCAACUGCAAUGGGCUUAUAUAGUAACAUGUAUGUGAAAGUGGUUGUUGUCAGCAAAGUUCCAUUGCCCAAUUACCGGUUUGAUCUUGACGAGAAGCGUCCCAUUAGGGAGGUGAUCUUGCCCCCCAACUUAGUUAAACGCGUGGAUGCAUAUCUUGCUGAAUACAUAUGUCAGAAGUACAGGAGCACGGAUUCCUUUUCAAGAUCAAUUAGUGAUGCUGAUAUCUGUGAUGAAAGCCUCUUUGACCAACUGGAUUCACUUCCACAUGGUAACACUCCCAUGGAAAAAUUUUCCUGGCAAAGAAGUCUGCAUAUGCGGGAUGAACAACGCACUUGGCAGGAAUCUCCUGACGGUAGAAAGAUGAUGGAAUUUCGCAAUAGUCUCCCUGCUUGUAAGAAGAAAGAAGUUAUCGUGAGUGCUAUUUCACAGAACCAGGUUGUCAUUAUCUCAGGUGAAACUGGUUGUGGGAAAACUACUCAGAUUCCCCAAUUUAUUUUGGAGUCUGAGAUUGACUCUAUGCAUGGGGCCACAUGUAAUAUUAUAUGCACUCAACCUAGAAGAAUUUCUGCGAUUUCAGUGUCUGAGAGGAUAUCUGCUGAGAGAGGGGAGAAACUGGGGGAAACAGUUGGAUAUAAAGUUCGGCUGGAGGGUAUGAAAGGAAAAAAUACGCACCUCCUCUUCUGCACAACUGGAAUAUUGCUCCGCAGAUUGUCUGUUGAUAGAAACUUAAUGGGGGUGACUCAUAUUAUUGUGGAUGAAAUUCAUGAGCGUGGGAUCAAUGAAGAUUUUCUGCUCAUUAUUCUCAAAGAUCUUCUUCCUCGCCGACCAGACUUGAGGUUGAUUUUGAUGAGUGCAACUUUAGAUGCAGGACUUUUUUCAACAUACUUUGGUGGGGCUCCAGUGGUCCAUAUUCCGGGUUUUACUUAUCCAGUACAGACUCAUUUCUUAGAAAAUAUUUUGGAGGCAACAGGGUAUCAGUUGACAGCUAAUAAUCAAAUAGAUGACUAUGGAGUGGAAAGGAUGUGGAAGAUGAGCAAACCAGCAACAAGAAAGAGAAAGAGCCAAAUUGCUUCUGCGGUUGAGGAGGCACUUAGCACUGCUGACUUCAGUGACUGCACAGCUCAGACAAGGCAGUCUCUGUCAUGCUGGAAUCCUGAUUUUCUGGGUUUCAACCUAAUAGAGCAUCUUCUUUGCAACAUAUGUGAAAACAAGAGACCUGGUGCUGUUUUAGUUUUUAUGACUGGGUGGGAAGAUAUAUGCUCCCUGAAAGAAAAGCUUCAAGCUCAUCCUGUACUUGGAGAUACAAAUCAAGUUAUAGUGUUGGCAUGCCAUGGUUCUAUGGGCAGUGCAGAACAGAAAUUAAUUUUUGACAAACCUGAGGAUGGAAUACGGAAGAUUGUCUUAGCCACCAAUAUUGCUGAAACCAGCAUUACAAUUGAUGACAUAGUAUUUGUUAUCGACUGUGGAAAGGCAAAGGAGACGUCAUAUGAUGCGCUAAAUAACACUCCUUGCCUGCUUCCUUCCUGGAUUUCAAAGGCUUCUGCUAAACAAAGAAGAGGUAGAGCAGGACGCGUUCAGCCGGGAGAAUGCUACCAUCUCUAUCCAAGAUGUGUGUAUGAUGCUUUUGCAGACUUUCAAUUGCCUGAAAUUCUAAGGACUCCUCUGCAGUCCCUUUGUUUGCAAAUCAAGAGUUUGAAACUUGGCAGUAUCUCCGAGUUCCUAUCUAGGGCAUUGCAAUCUCCAGAGUAUCUUGCGAUUCAAAAUGCUAUAGAAUACCUAAAGAUCAUUGGGGCUCUAGAUGAGAAUGAGGAUUUGACUGUUUUGGGGCGCUACCUGACCAUACUUCCCAUGGAACCCAAACUUGGGAAAAUGCUUGUUCUUGGUGUUAUUUUUAAUUGCUUGGAUCCAAUUUUAACUAUAGUUGCAGGUUUAAGUGUCCGUGACCCUUUCUUAGCUCCAUUGGAUAAGAAGGAUUUGGCGGAAGCAGCAAAAGCACAGUUCUCACAUGAGUACAGUGACCAUCUUACUCUUGUCCGGGCAUAUGAGGGUUGGAAGGUUGCGGAUAGAGAUCUCAAUGGAUAUGAUUAUUGCUGGAAGAACUUUUUGUCUGUGCAGUCAAUGAAAGCCAUUGAUUUGCUCCGUGAGGAAUUCUACUCUUUGCUAAAAGAUGUUGGUCUUGUGGAUAGCAAUCCAACUACUUGCAAUGUUUGGAGCUAUGAUGAGCAUCUCCUGCGAGCAAUCAUUUGUUAUGGCUUGUGUCCUGGAGUUUGCUCUGUUGUGCACAAUGAGAAGUCCUUCUCCCUGAAAACAAUGGAUGAUGGUAAAGUGCUUUUAUACUCUAACUCAGUGAAUGCACGUUACUCAAGAAUCCCAUAUCCAUGGCUUGUCUUCAAUGAAAAAAUUAAAGUGAACUCUGUCUUUCUGCGGGAUUCCACUGCUGUAUCAGAUUCAAUGUUGCUCUUAUUUGGUGGUCGCAUCUCAAAAGGAGAUACGGAUGGACAGUUGAAAAUGUUGAAUGGAUACUUGGAGUUUUAUAUGGAUCCUUUGAUAGCAGACCUAUACCAGAGUUUGAGGAGAGAGCUUGACAACUUAAUUCAGACCAAGCUCCUUUAUCCCACAAUGGGAAUACAUUUCUCUCAUAAACUGAUUUCUGCAAUUCGUUUGCUGAUCUCACAAGAGGAAUGUGGAAGCAGAUUUGUAUUUAGCCAUCAGGGACAUAUGCAUUCCAUUCAUUCUAUCGGUGCAUCAAUUUUAGCCACUGAUGCAAAUAGAAAACCAAUUUUGGUAUGCAAUACAGAGAGUGGCCCUGGAGGAGAUAACUCGAAGAGCCAACUACAGACAUUACUCACUCGGGCAGGCUAUGCUGCACCCAGAUACAAGACCAAUCAGCUAAAGAUCAACCAAUUUCGAGCUAUUGUGGAAUUCAAUGGUAUGCAGAUAGCUGGGCAACCUUGCAACAAUAAGAAGCAGGCAGAAAAGGAUGCUGCAGCUGAGGCUCUGCGGUGGCUGCUCGGAAGGAAUGGAGAUGGAGUGGAUCAUGAUUUUAUUGACAAUAUGUCAAUGCUGCUAAAGAAAAGCAAGAAGUCUCACACAUAAUGGUGGAAAGGAGGGUGCAACGAAUUAUAUAAAAGCAGCAAUAAGCUGAUACUGGUACGCGCAGGCACAGCCUCGGGUAUGGAUCCUGGGUAAGCACAGGUUCAGCAUGAUCAUAAAGCAGAAAGCUGAUAAGCUGGAGUUGGAAUCCUUCGUAGUUGUACUUCAUACCUCUGAUCGUGAGGUGAGUCUAAUUGCAGCAGAUAUCUGUUGGGAUAGACUGAAUGACUUGACUACUGGCUUAUGUUGUGUUGUGUUCUGUUGGCUUGGGAUUACCACCUAUUUUAGUUAGGGAGAGAAAGGAUGAUUGAUUGAUUGGCUUCACCCUUCACUCGAAUGCUAAUCCAAUUGGUCCUCCCAUUCCUUCCUAUGUAUGUAUCUAUGUAUGUAUACAAGGGAUUGUUAUUGCAUUGGAACAUAUGCGCGCAUAUAUCAUAUGAUGGGUGCAGGCAGCACCUUGGUCUGAAAUGGGGAUGCGGAUGGGGAAGGGCCUCUCGAUAGUUGGCAUGUGUGGCCUCUGAAUGAGACUGGCUUGACCCACUAUGGGCUGCUACAAGCUGACAAGGAAAUUCUUUCUCAUUGCGCCUAAAUUUUGAGUGUUGGUGUGUUUUAUUCUUCAUAUGAAUUUUAAGAAAACAAUAUGGCCGGUAUUUUGUGUAAGGAAAGCCAUUCAAAUAUAUCUAGGAUGGUUUGUACAUUCUGAUGUUUUCAUUAUCUCCCAAUUCCCACCAAAAUGCACUAGAUUCAUGUAGCUCUGAAAUGAGCAUGCAGUAUGACCAUUCAAAGGGAACUGAGAGACAGCAGGAUCUUAUUAUUAUC